CUUUUGCUUUCUGCUAUGUACACACACCUCGGCUAGCCAUGGCAUUGUAGCACGCACACACACACACACACACAAAUGGCUGCUUACACUGUCAGUCGGUUUUGACAGCUAGACUCGUUCAACUUGUAACGAGUCUGCGUGAGAAAUUGGGCAGAAAGUGAGCUGAAUAACAAGAAAUCUCUGAUAGACGAGAAACGUAUGCGCGUACAUGGAUCCGUACUGUUUUUGUGUUAUCUUAUCGAGCCUUGAUUUUUCAAGCUAGAUUCGAUCGGUCUCCCCCCCACAUUCUCUACCCACUCGAUCACGGCUCAAACCGCCCAAAUUUAGGUUGGACCUCGACUGCUCUACCGUGCGUGUGUGUGGGAUUCGCGACGAGAAGAUAUUGCAGCCUUUCAGCAAUGACCACCCUAUCUCUAGUGUUUCCCUAUCUCAUCGUCCUCAUCAGUUGCUCAUAGAAAAAAAUGCAGGUGCUUGUUCAGUAUUAGUGCUGUUGCUACUUUAUUGGAAAACCCAGAGUUUCCUCGUUCCAGCUACGUCAUGUCGGAAACCAAGAACAAACUCAGCAAGGUGGCGAGGCUGAGGAAACGGCUCAGCGACAGCUUGGGCAGGCUGGCCUCUCUAGCUAAAGAAGACUGGUCCAUCAGCCGAACUAGAUCUCAGACCAGACUCUCUCACAUGGGAUAUCGCAAGGACCACAAUGGGCUGAGCAUGAGAGGCAAAGCAGGUUUCUCUGACGAAUACCUGGAUAAAUUGGACAGUGAAAAUAGAGACUCUCUACAAGAGAAUGGCGAUGCAGCUGGUGGUGGGGUCGAGCCAGAUUUGCGAUGGGAGAGGCUCAGGUUAAGUGACGGAGAUUUGCUCACUGCUAGCCGGGACCCUGAAUUUGAAAAAUUAAAGGGUUCUGGUGGUGCUGAUUCCGGUUUGGGUAGUGACGACGCCUGUGCUCAAGACAUUAGCAGCCGAAUUGCAACGGUUGAAGGUGAACAAGUGGUGCUGAGACGUAGCAAAAAAUCGUCUUCAUCGCAUCUCAAACAGCGACCCAAAUCGGAAGUUUAUAGACACCAGCACAUCGAUCCGCACCUGCCUGGAGCCAAUGUCGUCCUACCCAGCGCAUCCGCCAUCAAUUUAAAGCCAUCCGAGUCGAUACGUCGCUCGAAAAGAUACUCAGCCUUCGGGGGAACCAGUCCGUUUGGAAAAAUUGAGAAUUAUCUACGACUAGAGCAACUAGGAGAAGGGUCUUAUGCGACCGUUUACCGAGGGUUCAGCAAUUUGACCCAGCAAGUGGUUGCAUUGAAAGAAAUUCGGUUGCAGGAAGAGGAAGGUGCUCCAUUCACGGCUAUCCGUGAAGCUUCUCUAUUACGCGACCUUCGUCACGCCAACGUCGUCACAUUGCACGACAUCGUCCAUACGAAAACGUCGCUCACCUUCGUCUUUGAAUACGUCCAUUCCGAUUUGGCUCAGUAUUUGGAGAGGCAUCCGGGCGGAUUGCAGGCUCACAAUGUCCGUCUAUUCCUGUUUCAGCUGCUGCGUGGCCUCACGUACGUCCAUCGGCGCAAGAUCCUGCAUCGGGAUCUGAAGCCGCAGAAUUUGCUCAUCAGCGAAGUCGGCGAACUCAAAUUGGCUGAUUUCGGGCUGGCCCGCGCCCAGUCGGUGCCGUCGCACACGUUUUCCAGCGAAGUCGUCACCCUGUGGUACCGGCCGCCCGAAGUCCUACUCGGCUCAACGCAAUACUCUUCGCCUUUGGAUCUGUGGGGCGUCGGCUGCAUCUUCGUCGAGCUUUUGACGGGCAGUCCAGCCUUCCCCGGCGUCAAAGACGCUGCCGAUCAAUUGGAACGAAUCUUCAAGAUUUUGGGGACGCCAACGGAAGCGACGUGGCCCGGAGUGUCACGUCUGCCGCUGUACAAGCCGCAACGUUUGAAUUUUUACCGCACUCAGAGGCUAGGACACGCUUUCCCGCGCCUCUACGACAUUAGCCAGGCCGAGAACUUGGCCUCGAAACUGCUACAAUUGCAGCCCAGUAUCCGACUGACGGGCGAAACUGCCGUCCGGCACAAAUUCUUCCAGGAACUACCCUCCCAAUUGUAUAACUUAUCUGACGACGUGUCGAUUUUCACUGUGCCGGGCGUCGGUCUCUACCCGGAAGAGAGAAAAUUCCCUCCCGUCGUUUUGAGAGCUGCCCAGGAGCUCAAAAAUAAGGCCAAAUUUUGAUUUUUAUAUAUAUUUUCUUUUCUUUUUUUUUUUUACUAAUUGAUAGUUUUCGUCCUUUUAUUAUAAAAAAAAACUAUUUCCCCUCCACUCUCGAAAUCCGUUCCAUAAUACUUCAUGAUGCAGCCAUAUAAGCCGAUCCCAACAACAAAGUCCUUCCUUUUUUUUUUUCAUUUUAAAUUAACGCACUCGGUGAAAAAAAAAAAGGAAAACCAACGGUAUUAUUUACUUUAAAAAAAUCAUUCAUUUUAGCUUCUGUGAAACAACUCCGGGAAAAGAAAUAUUUCAGAAAAUAUGAAUAAUCAUUUGCUCGUAUCCCAUUUUAUAUAGAGUCAAUCGGCAACAAGCAUGUCCAUCUUUUUGUUGGGUUUUUUAAACAUGUUUUUUUUUUUUCUCUUUACGUUUUGACGUUGUCCCUCUUUAUUUUUUAUUUUUUCCGAGGGUGGCCAGUUGUUUCCUAGUAACCCAUUUUUUUUUUUUGUUUUAAUUGUAAUCAUUUAUAGUUGUCGUGCAACAUUAAUGAAGGCAGCAAUACUAUUCCUGUUUGAUAGAAUAACAAAUGAGCUCAGAUGUUUUUCCGUAGCCGGAAACCACGCCCACCAAUUUUAAAUUGGCCCUUUAUUAUUUGAACCGAACUUGUAUUGACACUCUGCUCUACAUGGGCAUGAUUCACAAUUUCUUUUCCCGCAGUACCUCCCCCUCAACCCCAAUUUCUGAUGCCAAAAUUUCCCCCUUUUUUUUUUUCUUUUAAUUUCGUGUCAUCGUUGCCAUUUUUUUUGUUUUGUUUGUUCCCUCACCUUGUCGAAUGGUCUACUCGUCCAUCAAUACUACUCCUACUACUACCCGUUGUAACCGUCCUAUUAAAGAAAAAGGUGGGGAGAAAAAAAACCAAACAUUUAGUGCAUCUGCUGUCGUCAUCUUUCUUUGUCAUGUCCGUUCAAAAUAAACCCACGCAUUUGUUCUUUUCAUCCGGAAAUACCCCCCCCCACUGAAGAAGAUGGUCGAUUCUUCGGUUGUUUUUUUUUUAAUUUUUCCUCACGAUAGUUGUUUCGAGUAACCUCCCCCGCGUACCACCAUGUUUUUAUUUUAUUUUGUUUUUUGAAUCGAGAAACACAAAUGUAAAUCUAUUUAGGACUUUUCGUCAUUCAUUUUUUUCCCCCCUCAAGAUUCUUGUUGGUUCCUCAAUGCUGUUAUAUUGUUGAACGAUGACUAUCGAAAAAGAAAAAAGAGUAUUAACUGUGACGUCCCAGGGAAAGAACAAAAAAACAAAGUGAACGAUGUAGAGACACGUUUUCGUCCGUCAAAACAAGAGAAUUUAAAAAGAAAAGAAAGAAAUCUAACCGUUUGCCAUCCUCGUCGUUGUCCUCGUAUGUCAUGUGUCGUUGCUGUCUCUUCUUAUCAAACAAUCAUCCUUGUAUCAACCCCCAGAAAGAAAGAAAAACAUUGGAUUUCCACCGAAAAUAAAAGCAGUUCCGCGCCCCCCA